CUCAAACAGGGCCUCUGAUUUGCAAAAGGCCACCAUCUGAUCUUCAACAUGUCCGAUACCUCUGCUAGUCAAUCAUCCGCGGAAAUCGACCCCAUGCUCGACUUCCUUCAAAGCUUCAAUGCGACCACGUCCUCAAGCCCUGGUGCCACAGGCUUGCUCGCCGACCAUGAUGAACUACGCAGGGACGACGAUUUUGAAGAUGACUCACCCCUCUCUCAUCUUUCACAUGCGGCGGCUGGUGUUCCUUACACCCCUUUUCAACAUUUCGGUCAGAUUAUGAAGGCUAAGAAGUCAUUCAACGCGCAAACCGCAGCUGAGUUUGACGCAUUCUGUUCGCUCGUGUCUCCGGACGAUCGUGCUAUUAUGCUCUUUGCAACAAUCCUCGAGACCCGAGACCUGAUCUUGGCCAACAAGAAGGCUGAUAAGUGGGUGAUCAGUAGUGAACUCAAGGAGAGCGCUCGUAUAUACUCUCGGGCAUUUAUCCUCUCACCCACCACAGUGGCUUACCGUGGCGAUGCACCCAAGCACAUAAUGGCGGCGAUGCGCUCGCUCAACGUCGGUGACAUGCCCCCCGAUAAGGAGGUUGCGAGGCUUGACCUGCUGCGCAAACUAAUAGUGAAGUUCCUCACUGAUUGCCACAACGCUUUGAAAGAAAAGAUCAAGAACUCCCUCGCUGUUGACUCACCAAUGCGCAAUAUUGCCGACCUUACCCACGCUGUGAUCAGCAACACACCCAUUCAACCAACGUUACAACACUACAUGCGGAUGGCUUUUUUGCGUUGGUACUAUGUCAAGUAUGCCAAUAAAGUUCAGGAUGAUGGAUGGUGGCUGAAGGUCGAUGAAAGUCUGGAAAAUUUUUGCACCGAGUUGAAGGAUGAACUCAAGAUCUCGCAAGCUUUCAACAGUCUUUACCAGAAAGACAAACUGGAGUACGGGGAUCCUGCCGACAGCAGCCAUCAAGUCACCGAGCCGAAGGAUGUUGUUUCAUGGCAGAGCACCGUCAACGAUCAGGCAGCUCAAAUUCAAGGAAAGACCAAGAAGCGUAGGCGCAACGUUGAUUAAUCGGAAACAUUUAUGCCGUGUAUACACUUUGUAUCGCCUGUUAUAGCUACUCGAUUGACAUCUUUAUAAUCACUUUUGGUUUUCAUUUU